CAUACAACAGUUUUGCCCUUUGUAUUAAUCGAGAUGAGAACAACACAUCAUCAGUAUCCCAGCAGGAGCUGUGGACUGGCUGCAGUGUGCACCUUCGCUGUUGGCUAUAUUUUAUGGGUGUGCUGGAUUCACCACGUUACAGGAGUGUGGGUGUACCCGCUGCUUGAGCACCUCAGCCCAGGUGUCAAGAUAAUCUUUUUUGCAGCUGUUACUGUAAUAAUUAACAUAUUCUACUUGGUGGGAGAGGUCCUGAACAACUACAUCUGGGAUACCCAAAAAUGUAUUGAAGAAGGAAAAGAAAAGCCAAAAUUGGAUUGAACAAUUGAAGCAACAUGGAGGAUUGUUUAUGGCUCCAUCGAAGAUUUCUCAUUCCCAACAGAAGUUGGCAUGGAGAGGAAUCUUUUGGAAAGGAGGAAGUUUAAAGGGCCCUCUGCUCAGUGGAAGGAUACUUUUGCGGUUUAUAUGGAGGGAAAAUUAUUUUAGCUAAUAAUAAUAACAAUAAUAAUGUUUCAACCUCCGUUCCUACUUCUCCAUGUUUGCAUGUGACAUACACAUAUAAGAUGUAUAUUUAUCUCCACAGCAUUCUCCAUGUGCAUUUAAUACAUCAAAUAAGUAAUUAAAUCAUGAAGUCAUUAAAUCUUUUCACUUUCACCAAGAACAAUGAGUCCCUUCUCUGUAUUGUUUGAGAAGAGCUUAACCAGAUAGGUCUAAUAUGGGGAAACAAAACAACACUAUUUCAAAGUACAGUGUAAAAAUACAGUAGAAGUUAAUUGCAUGAAUGUAUCUGAAGAAGAAUUCAAUUUGACUCAAAUAUUAAUGUAACACUAUGUAACAGCUGCCUUAAAUAGUACAUGUUAAUAAUUUU